GAUUGUCCCUUCUCUCCCUCUAUUCCUUCGGCAUUCAUCCUUGCCGUCGCUAGUGAGAGUGUGAGCCAGAGAGAAAGUCGAGAGUCUUGGUCUUUUGUUCUUCAUCAUCCAUUUCCUUUCUGCAUCUCUGAAGGGUACGAGUGAGGAGCUAGGCCGUUCAAUCUAUUGCUGAUGUCGGUGUUCGCUAUGAAUCCGCUGCUGUCAAGGCUGAAGUCACGAGUUCAUCCACUUCCCUGCUCCUCCAAUGGUCUUCUUUCAUGCAAUGUUUUACGCAAGUGAGAGUUCAUUCAAAGCAUUCAAGUUGGCGUGAGAUCAGAGAAGAGAAGAUGCAUCGUUGUGGACGUAGCUCGUCGAGGAGCAAUGCUCCGUCACAGCCGAAGGAAAAGAGUCUCUCUCCGUUUCGUCUCUGUAGCUGCCGCCGCGUCCUCAGUCAUCGCCGUCACCAGAGCCUCCCACCCAACAACACUCUCUGCUUCUCUUGUGUUAACUCUCGAAGGCUUGAGGAACUGGAAAGGUGGGAAGAUAUAUUGGAGGAAGAAAUUGAAAGAAGAACUAAAGAAAUGGAUCUGAUGGAGGAAAAGGUAAAUGCAGAAAUAAACAAGAUGAAUAUAGAGUUUCGAUUAGAUGAAAUAAACAGAAUAAUAACAGGCGAUUUCCUUGAAGUCUUGUUGGAAAAGAAAGCUCUCGUCGACCCUGCAAAGGCUAGGAAAGGGAAAGCUCUUUUGCAAAACGCAGUGGUUGAACAAUUAUAUGAAUUUGAGAAAGAGGAAAAAACAAGAGAAUUAGAAGAGCUGCGACGCAAGAAGGAGAAAAUAGAAAGAGAUUUAAAGAAGAUUCCGAAACAAUCAAAAUUCUUUCGUGAGAUCGUCCUUACCAAAAAGAAAAAGAAAAGUCCCUUAGUUGAUUCUCCUAAGAUUUAAAAAUAAUUUUGUGGGUCUUGCUGUACUUAUAUAGCCACAUUUAUAUGUAGUCUUGAUGCAGAGUAUAAGCAUAUAUGAUAUAUGCAUAAUCUUGACCGAAAAUCCGGUUUAUUUUUUGCUGGUUA